AUGGACGGAAGACGGAGAGGACACUGGACAAGCUCCUAUCUAAAGCGGAUAAACUCCACGGAAGUGACGGUGAAAAGGAGGAAAAUCCCCCGGAGGAAGACGCUCCCGGAGCCAGGCGCGGAGAUUCUCGUGGAAUUUGGGCUUUCACAGGAACCCGAAAAGAAGCCUGAGCGCACUCCGGAUCGGGUGAUUUAUACUCCGAAAAGGGAGAUUGUAUAUAUUUCCGAAAGUGGAAACAUCGUUAUUCCUGAAACUCCCUGCAAGACCCAGGAUGAGUGCGUCCUGUCCAGUCGCUGCAAGAAAAGACUCUUCACAUAA